UUUAACAACGAAAUAACGCUUUCACUCGUUGGCAUGGAUUUCGGCUAAUAUACAACACUUUGGAGGGGGAUUUUCUAACGCAUUUGAACGUUAGCUACUUCAAAUUAGCAUAGUGUUUUGUUUAGCUAAUCCAUCAAUAUUUAAACAAUUUAGAUUGCGAAAACGGGAAUAUUUUUCAUACUCUGAAGUCUCUGGUGCUAGCUAGCUAGUUUAGCACAACUGGCUGGCCUUUGUUUGUCAUGGGUGUUUUUCAGACUGUGCCGUUGACCAGCUAACUAAUAUUUUCGCCUUUCAACAUCCCUGAAUUUUAUAAAGAUGAAGAGAAAAGUGUCUCGAUUACGGUUAAGUCCAAAUGAAGAAGCUCAACUCAUUCGAGAGGAACACGAGAGGAGAAGGAAGCUGCGAAUACAACAGGUGCGGGAACAGGAGCGGUAUAUCGCUCUUCAAAUCCGCAAGGAGGUGCAACUACGAAGGGAGCGCGAGCUGCAAAACCUGGCAGAGGAGUUGAAGGAGGAGUGGGAGCAACAGCGGAGUGAGAAACUGGAGACCCUGCAAAAGUUAUACCAGGACAAUCUCCGAGUUUUGGGAGAGGGACAUAGAAGUGCCAAAGAAAAUGAGCCUGACUGGGAGGCAAUUGCACAGAAAAAUGAGGAGAAUCAUGUUCGGGCAGAUGAGCGCUAUCGAGUAGCCCUCAAAGAGCUCAAAUCAGAGAGACAGAAAGAUCAGGAGGAACAAAAUCGUUUUAUUGAGGCUAGGAAGAAGUCCAUACAGGUGGAGAAGGAGAGGGCAGCAAAAGUGGCCAACUUCCCAUCCCUUCCACCCAACCCAAUUGAGAGUAUUGAGUCAAGGAAGCUGCAUGCAGUGAAGAAAUCAGAUGUGGAUGCCUUCUCUGUGACUCACUAUCAUAUGCCAGAGACUGCGGUGGACAGGGAAGUCUACACAGCACAGCCAAACGCACAGGAGGUGGCAUUGGAGGAGAUGCAGCGCCUGCAGGUGCUAGGACAGGAGGAGCAGAGGGAGAGGCGGGAGCAGCUGGAGAAGGCUCGUCUCAGAGGUAACCACGCGCUGAGGAGGGAACAGCUCACACAGGACCGAGAGCGCCUCCUGGUGGAGCUUGAACACAUGCAUCAGACAGACCUUUUGAGGCGCAGGCAGGUGAUGGCUCAGAUGCCUGCCCAGAUCUUCCAGCCGCUCCACAAGAGACAGGAGAUGAGGGAGGACUGGCAGAGGGAUAUGGAGUUCGCCUUCGAGGACAUGUACACUGGAGAGAGGAGAGUGAAAGGUGACCUGGUGCUGCAGCUGGUCCCAGAGCCUCUCCCAGCUGUGUCCACUGGCAGCCAGGAUGAAGACCUAGACCUGACCCAGGAGGCCACCCCUGACCUUACACCCUUGGCUGGGGCAGAGGAACAACAGGAUGAAGAACCAUCCAGGCCUCUAGGUGGCGCCCCCAGACAGGCCUUGAAGAAACUAUUGACCCGCAUCAGGUCACAGAGAGACCAGUGGAGCUACCGGAGGCUGGUUGAUCCCCCAGGUGACUGCCGAACUACUCCGACAGCAGAGUGCGACACGUCCGCAGGCGUUACGACCAUUGAGACAGGUUCUCUGGCCAGCGAGGAGAGGGGCCGACCUUUGACCACUAUACCCAGACUCCCUGACCCCUCUCAGUCAGCCCAAGCUAUAGAGACAACAGAAGAGUCCAUAGUGGCUGGUACCCUGCUCCAUGCUGAUAAACAAGCCAUCAAGAUCCACACAUUUGAAACCGAGAGGAAGAGGAGGGGGGAAGAGCUGGAGAGGCAAAAGCAGGAGCAGAUAGCCCUGCUAAAGGAGUUAGAGGAGAAGAAGAGCAGGCUGGAGCUGCUGCUGCAGGAGGCCCAGCAAGAAAGAGAACAGCUGCAUACGGCCAUGAACCAGGACACAGCUGCUGCAUCUGGAACACAGAAAACACCAGCCCAGGACGUCACCUCUGUCAGCCCUGCUGCUCCAACUCCCGAGACUUGUUCUGUGGUUGUCCCUGUGCAGUCUACUAUAACCUCAGCUGCUGAGGAUGGCCACUCCAGGAGAAUCAGAGAGUAUCAGCAGCGUCUCUUGGACCAGAACAGGCUUCAUAAGCAGUCUGUGGAGGAGGCUCGCCGACGUCUGGAAGAGUACCAACGCACACUAAGAAACCGCUACUCUGGUGAAACCACGUCAACAUUUCUCCCUCCUGGUACCACAGCCUGUCUUCUACCACACUUUAAAGGAGGAAUCAAUUCCCCGGCAGUGCCCCUAGAACUCCCCUCUGGUUCUGCCCUGCUCCCCUGUCUCCCUGUAGCACUUAGUCCCCACUCUAGAGCUCACACCCCUUUGGACCUCCCCACACAGGAGCCCUCCAUCUUGGUUCAAACUCUCUUCCUCCCUGGCACUACAGUUGGCUUGCAUAUUAACUCCAGAACCUCACCAGUGCAGCUAGAACCCACCUCUGAAAGCCUAAGGGACCAAAGAGCAGGUGUUUGGCUGGCGGACAAUGUGUUUAGUAGGGUCACAGAGGAUUUCCCUGAGAAGCUACCUCCACCCUCUACCUCGUUAGACCCCCAGUCCUACAGACCACAUCCUGUUUCCCUCCACCCUACUCCACACAUCCCACUCCCAUCAAGAACUGACCCCAUCCCACCCAUCAGCCCAACCCCUUCAGAAGAGUCAGCUACUCUCCCUGGCGAGGCCCCGGUAAAUCCUGGGUCUGUCCUGCGGGCCCCGGCCAAGUUUGGGGAGGAGGUGGAGAAGCAGAGGCAGGAGCUACGGGAGGCCCAACGGCGGGUGGAGGCCCAGAGGGAGGUGCUCUUCAUGCAGCAGAGGGAACUGGAGGAGGAACAGAGGGAGCAGAGGAGGAGACAGAGGGAGGUGUUACAGGCACUGCUCACUGCUGAUGACACACAGCCUGGUCCAGAGACCACUGAUGGUUUGGGGUCAGAACGUCUCCGUCUGAUGGCAGCUCUGCUUCGGGCCAUCGAGGAGUCCAAUGGGCAAACCUCAACAUUGGUAGAAACCAGUCAGAGCCAAGAGAACACAUUCGAUGUCCAGAGUUCACACUCAGACAGACCCGCCCCUCACCCACUCCCCCACCACCACCCCCGGGCAGCCAAACCCCCGGUGGCCCGCGCCAGGCUGGCCGUCAUGGAGAUGACAGAGCAGCACGAGCUCAGUGCCAUCCAGGAGGUGCAGACGCCAGCCAAUGCCAGCCUGAUCACAGAAGAGAGUGUGGCAGUAUCUAUUGAAAGGGCAAUCCCAGAAGAACAGGACCACACGGCCCACUCUGAAAGAGGUCACUCCAGCACCUCUGUGUCCAGUGCAUGGGAACACACAGCUGGGACUGGGAGUGAGACAUUAACUGGGUCUGGUAGAUCCAGCAAGCUGUCCUGGAGAGAGAGACUACGGCUGGAGGCUGGUGCCUCUCCUGGACCUGAUCCCACACCAGCACUCCCAGAACGGUCUUAUCACUCCUGUGAGUUUGGGAGAGGUGUCCUUGGUAAAUCUCCUAUAGAGUUGGAGAGCCUGUCCUUCCAGUCAGCCCGUAGACCCUCAGAACCUGACUACCUGUCCUCCACCACCAUCUCUUCCGGAAGCUAUGCCACCACUGACCCUGAACACACCUCCACUGACCCUGAACACACCUCCACUGACCCUGAACACACCUCCACUGACCCUGAACACACCUCCACUGACCCUGAACACACCUCCACCCAAAUAGACUCUUCCCUGCUCUUGGCUGGGUUUGGAAUGGGAGGAGGAAAAAAUAAAAAGUCAUCGGUCAAUGGCUCCUCUUCAUCCAGACACAGUUCCUGUAGGGGCGUAUCUGGUACUGGCUUUCCCAUUUUAGACUCACUCAUACACAGCAGCAGUAUCCAGCGCAUCAUAGACAAAUACACCAGGGAGCUCAACUUUUCUCUUAGUACUGCUGGGAACCAGACGGGUGCAUCUGCAGUGAUAGAGGGGUCAGUGUGUGAGGAGCCAAGCUCCUCUGUGUCGCAGCAGAAGCCCUGGUCUAAGCUACUGCAGGAGAAUGAGGGACCAGACAGGUCACCUGUUUGGGGGGCCGACCCACACACUCUCCCCUCGGACAGAGAGUCAGGAGCUCAGAGGCACGACCAGGAAUGGGACAACACUGUCAACCGGAUCAUGGAUCGCCUCUCAGACAAGUCCUCCUCAUUGGUUCUGGACCAGGGGCGGGACUCCACUAUCAGCCCAAUGACUGGCCAGCCCUCGGAUAAGUCAUCCUCGCCGGGCCAAGGGUGGGACUCUACUUUGAGCCGAAUGAUUGGCCAGCUCUCAGGUCAAUCAACCUCACUGGACCAAGGGUGGGAUUCGACUUUGAGCAGAAUGAUUGGCGGGCUCUCCAAUCAGUCAACCUCUGUCAGCCAGCGAUUGGACCAGUCAUCCCAGUGGCUAGAUGAAGUCCAGGAUGAGAGCCGGGUGAUGAGGCCUCUGGUUGGAGAGCUGGAUGAGUCUGCUGCCCAAUGGAGUGGGAGCUCAGAAGCUGGUGGUUCUAACUCCCUAGGCUGGGUGGAUCUGAGGGUCUCGGGCCAGACAGGAGUGUCUUCUGAUCCAGAGGGAGCCCCUGAAUCCCAGUUACUGAGCAGCUCCUCUCUCCCUGGACGGGAGCCUCCGCCACAUCCACACUACCAGAGCCUGCAGCACUCUGGGGCUAGCUCCCAGGAAGCAGACAGGACUGGGGUGGAUCCAGCCUCCGACUCCUUCCACCCUCUCCUGGCUGAGGUCACGCACAACGAGACAGCCGAACCCUCCAUGACCUUUCACCUUCCAGAAGAGGAAGUGGAGGGGCUAUGUUCCCACGAUGAAGAUGGUGACCAUGAAGCACCUGCAGGGGACCUUGAGCUCUCUGCAUGCUCAGAGGAGUUUGAGGAUGACACAGACCCCUCCGUCACCUCUGAACCCUCUCCUGAGCGCCUGAGAGGAGGGGAGGAACCACCUCAGCCCUCACCCGCCCUGCACGACUCCUUGUACCAGCUGACCUCGUCCCAGUGCCUCCCCCAUGACUCUGCCCUGCAGGUAUCCCUUGGAGCGGAGGAGGUUGGUCUAGCAGCCUGUGAAGAUGUCUCCACUUGGGACAUGCCACUUGAAGGAGGGGACACUGAUAUGGAGAGUACACCAGCACCUCGGAGACUUGACCAAAGAGGUGCUAUUAAAAUUGAGGACCUGGGUGCAGGAGAGCCAGAUGACCAGCUAUGUUCAGAGUCAAAGAUCAGCCCUCCCAUCUGGGAGAGAAUAAUGGAGGUGGGCAGUGUGAAGGGGAUAAUGGAUGAGUCCAUGCUGACCCUGGUGAGCCUGACAGACACAACACUACAGGGCCAGGAACUCACUGAGGAAGAGGAAGGAGAGAUGGAGGAAUCAAAGUCGACGAUGUUGCCAGAGGAGAAUGCCAGCCUACAGGAGAAAGAGACAACCCCCUCUCAUGCAGUGAUGCUACUGGAGUUCCAGUCGUGUCCCAGCGUGAACCUACAGGAGGCUUUCCAGCAGAAACGCAGAGCCCUGAUCCAGAGGUCUGCCCACAGGGUGGAGGAGAUUCAAGCCAAGAGGGAUGAAGCCAGGGCCAACACAACCACCAGGGCCCAGUCUGACCCAACCACUGUUCAGUCAACCACUUCUAAACCCAGGAGAGAGGGGAGGAGUGCAGAGUCAACCCAUGCAGGAGGGUAUGCCAAGCAGAAAAAGCAACAGCCAAAACCCCAAACUCCCUUGCAGCCUCCCAUGCUAGCCAAGCUGAAGAAGGUUGGGGAGGUGAGGAUCAGCACUCCUGAGAUAAGGAAACAGGAUGUGGCUGAGAUGCGUAAGAGAACAGAGAGGUUGUACAGCCGACUAGAUGAGGUGAAGCUUCAGAAGGAGGUCAGGAGCAGACAGGAGGCAUAUGCCAAAAACAGGGAGAUGGCCAAAGAGUUUCAUAAGAAAACCUUACAGAAGCUACGGGCCAAGCAGUCUUCGCAAUGAUAUUGAAGAUCGAUUGCUGUUGUCAUGUGUGUUUGCACCUAUUUUGUACUUGUGUGUAUACAUUGUAUUUUUGUGCAAUUUGUUAUCAGUAAUUUAAAAGAUAAAAUUUGUAAUAAAGUGUAUAUACAUACA